UCACACGUAUGAGCGUAGCUUUCUAUGCGGAAGUGACGCAGUUUCUUGCUUACCCGCGUUGUUUGAAAAGAUAACCGGCUUUAAAAAGACCAAGAGGAGAGCAAAGAAGAUCGAUUAUUCAAUUCAUCUUUCACACAUUCAAAAGGCCAAGAUGCAGAAGAAGACUAUCUUUUAUCCCGGAAAACUAAGUGUUGUUUUCCGCAAGGGACCUCUUGGGUUUCUUCUGCAGGAUCCCUCCCCUGAGGCCAAAAAGAUAAAGAAUGAUCCCAGCCUGUGUGACAAAUCAGAUCCAAAAAGGGAGGAUGCUGUGAGAGAAAACGCUUUGUCUGUGGUUCGUCAGCGAGGUGGGGAUGUCACAGAUGCUCUGGAAGUGCUGGGAGAUUACAGCCUCCAAUUUGGAAAGUACAAAGGGAAGUGCUUCCGCUGGCUUUUGGAAAAUGAUGUGGGUUACACAAUCUAUAUCAUCCGAAACCGACAAAAGGAGGAGGAAGCUGGGAUCUGCCUGACCGAGAGCCUUCCCAAGGUGAACCUCCUAACCUUUGUGAAAUAUGCACUGAGUUUUAAAGAGAUCCAAGAUGUUCUGGAUUAUGAGACCAACAGAGGCACCAGCGCAACAACCUCUGAAGACGAUCAGCUGGUUGGUUUUGGCUCUCGGGCCAAGAGCACUUGGAAGGAAAUUUGGGACACAAGAGAAGAUGGGUACACUGAUUUCAUUCUAAAGAAGAGCUGCCUUCCAGGGACUAGAAUGAAAAAACUGCAGCAGUACUUGCUCCAGAAAACAUUAUCUUCUUGUCCUCCAAAAAUAAAAACCAGUCUGCCGCAUAAACCCCUGGGGAUGGAGGAGGAUGAUGAACUGGAAGCUGCAAUGCUGAGCAUCUCCCCCUCUAAGCUCCUGAGGUCAGCAGAAAAAGAAGGAACCCCGGUGCCCAAACCAUGUUCCAGAGCAAAGACAGUUCCUGUUACAAUAUCACUGUUUGCCACCGUUACUCUGCAUGCCAAAGGACUAUGAAUUGACGGAGAUGUUCCUGGUGUUGGUCCAACUGCAACGGUGUCCAGGACUUCUGCUGCAUUGGAUGGACCAGAAUCCUCAACAGGUGAUGCACUGCCAAUCCCACAAAAGACGCCUGUAGCCCUUCCAUCACAGCUCUCAUUUCUACUGAAGGAAACAGAGAGUGCAAAAACAUCUGAGUUUAAAGAUUCCAGCACAAGUGCAGCUUCCCCCUCUGCAAAGCGAGGCCUUUCCUUUGCUGACAGUGCUGAAGAUGGUAAGACCAGACUGCAUCAAAGAAGAAGAAGAAUUUUCCUCCACAGAAUUCUUUCAAAGGGAACUGCAGGAAACAAAGAAACGGGUUGAGGAAAAAACAGAAAAGAAGAGAAAAAGGACAGAAUCCCAGCCAACAGGCCGACUUUGCAGAUUUUGUCGCAAAGACCUGAAACAGGGGCCAAACAGUCCACAUAUUCACACUGGGUUCCCUGGAGUGCCAGGAAAAUAUAUAUAUUGUCCAUCAAAAAUUCUGUCCAUUUACCAGUCACAUGGUAUGGUGAGGGAAAUGGGUUGGAAGGAGUUUUCAGAGUCUCCUUUCUAUGAGGCAGAAAAACAGCGGUGGGUGGCUGAGAGGAAAAAGUAAUGCACAUGUUUCUGUAAAGUUUAUAUAGGUAUUUUUGUUAUUAUUCUAUAGGUUUCAAUAUAUCUACAAAAUAAUCUGAGUAUACUGUCAAUAUGGGAGGUUUACAAAUGUAAAUAUUUCACAGGAAGCAUGCCAUAACAUUUGCUCUAGGUUUUUUUUUUUUCCCCGACAUGCUUUUCCUUUUGAACACUACAUUCUAAUAUACACAAUGUAUAUUGUAUAUAGCAUAAUGU